AUGCGGCGGUGGAUCGGACCGGACCGCAUCAGCGCCCUCCCCGACGACCUGCUCCUCCUCGCCGUCGCCCGCCUCCGCUGCGCCCGCUUAGCAGCGCGCACCAGCGUCCUCGCCCACUGGUGGCGCGGCCUCUGGUGCCGCCUCGGCCAGAUCGUCUUCCACGACGUCCCGUUCGGCUGGCUCGAAGCGGCGCUCGGCCACGUCGACAAUUCCGCGGUUUCCCUUCUAGAAAUCUGUGUCCCCCGUCAGCGAAUGCCCAGCCCCGACCCCGCCGGCGUCAGCUCGCUGCUGAACGCCGCCGCGCGGCUCGCGCCAGAGAAGUUAGUCUUCGCCCUCCCCGGACAUUUAAACAGCAGUUCCAUCGACGUCAACCUGUCUUGCUUCCAGCGCGCCACCUCUAUCGAGCUGGACUCACGUCUCCUCUUCCUCCGCGUGCCGGCCGGCAUCGACUUCCCCGCGCUCGAGACGCUUUCUCUGUCGGGCAUGGUCCCGGAUCUCGACCCCUUGCUCUCCGGCUGCCCGCGCUUGCGCACACUCCGGCUCGAGAGCAUUGCGGUUGCAGAUGACAGGGACGAGCUGAGAGUCAACUCGGCAUCGCUGCACGAGCUCGUCGUGGACCUCUCGCGCAACUGGACACGCCAUCGCCAUGUCAACAUCGUCGCCCCCGUGCUUAAGCAAUUGACUUCCUCAUUUGUCGCCUCGAAUGUCACCAUUUCCGUCAUGGCACCGAUGGUGGAGAAGGUUCGGUGGGACUGCUCGUACUGCACCUAUGACAGGGCGUCUAUUGUGUUUGGUCUUUGGCGACUCGAGCAGGUGACACUACAAACGGCAGAGAGACAAGGACAGCUCGAGAUUUGUGCCCGCGCCAGCUCGCAUGCUUCACACAGUGAAGGGGACACCUUUGCGCAGGAGAUAGAGAAGCAUAUGAUUGCCGAGUUUUCUGUUUUGGAGCUACAUCUCAUAGCAAAUGGACAUGUUUUCGGAGCACUCAUGUUUCAUCUCUUAGGGGUGAUUCAGAUUUGUAGGUCUAUGCAGAGGCUGAAGGUUAUCCUAAAUAGAUCACAGGUGAAAGAAGAAUGCCCAUUUGGUUGUCCUUGUGAGCCUUCCUACUGGAGAUCCCAAACAAUCUCCUUGUCUGCUCUGGAGGAAGUGGAGAUCAACGGGUUCGAAGGAGAGAACCAUGAGUUUGAUUUAUUGAAACUGGUAUUCAAAUGUGCGCCACUGCUUAAAAAGAUGACAGUGAAGUUGUCACGGAAGGCCUCUGCAAGCACAAAGAUAUACAACAUCUUCAAUGCAUAUUCUUCCGUGGAAUGCAAUGUUUAUCACAACUCCCGUGAGUAUACUGUUUGGCAGGCAUUAUCAACAUACUCCUAG